UUUUAUUGUUUUUGCAUCGCAUCGAAAAAUCGGUAUUCUAUCCCAGUUUUAUAAGAUUUCCUCCCAAAUGACCAACACCCAGACCGUGCUGGAGGUAGAGCGACUGGAAUGUGAUGAGAAGGAAGAUGCCCUCUCGGAAUACACCCCCGCUCGGCUGCAAGCCGUGCUCAAAUACUUCCGAAUCAAUCCAGACUUCCUCAAGCAGCCCGCAAAUUUCCCACGCACUCUCAAUCUCAUAGCAAACGAUCUUACCGAAGGAUCAUUCCAGAAAACGAGCACUGAAAUCCUGAAUGCCAUCGAGCACUGGAAAAACCGAAUAGGACAGUUGGAUGCAGCGUCGUUGGCCCACUCUCCGGAUCGGGAACUGAAACGGCUGCUCACAGCAAUCGAAUCCCGUCUGACGCAUGGUCAAAUAACGCUGAUCCUGCAGCACUUGGAGGUCGUUGGUAGCGAUGCCGACGGUUUGUGGGCAACGAUUGCCGUCGAGAUGCGAGCGCUGAAGCAUCCUCCCCGACCGGAGAUUUACUGGCGUCGGGGGUUUGACGAGUGGUGUCAAGAGGCGAGGGAACGGUAUCAGGAAAAUCCGGACGAGCUGACGGCACUGCAGCAGCGGUAUAUAGAAUUUGCGAAGGAUAAAGGCGAACUGGAUGAUGCGAUGGAAGGUUUGGGGGUGGAAGUGGAUGCCCUGGAGUUGGUGCUGAAUCACUGUCGGACGUGUUUGGGGGUGCUGAAGGCAGCCGAUCCGAAAGCGUACUUAUUCGAACCAGUCGGGACGGGUACGACGUUGGCGGAUAAGAUCAAUGUUUGCUUCGGAACGGGGAUCGAUCUGGAGGAGCGGUUGCCCAAGUACGUUUGCUGGAAGUGUGUGGAGAAGGUGGAGGGAGCGUAUGGACUGAAGAUGCAAAUCGAUCGAACCGAUGAGGAGCUGAAGAGCUUGAUUGGAGAGUAUGAGAAGAGGGAUGCUCGAGGGAUUAAGACAGAGCAUGAGUGUAGCAUUGAAGUGGAGAAGGUACAGGAAGUGGAGACGACGGUGGAAGGCAUCGAAGAGGAGGUUGUCCAUUCUGAGGAAUGUGAGGAAGAGGAGAAUGUAAAGUAUGGUUGGUAUCCGGUGGAUGAUCAGCAACAGAUGGUCGUUGAACAGGUAGCUGUCAGCGAGGAGCAGGAGAUUGAAGGCUUCGAUGUGUUGGUGGAAACUGACGAGCAUUACUUGGAGACGGAUCCGGAGGAAGCACUCGUUGAGGUUAAGCAGGAAGGGCAAUCCGAUCGUAUCGAAAAUAAUUCAGCUAGACCUUCAUCGAAACGGAAACCACAUCGGAAUCAGAUAGUAAACGAUCUCAAUAAUGACUUCUACCAGUGUCCGCAGUGUCGAGUUGUCCUGCGGACGUACGAACUUUGGAAGGCGCAUAACGCUCGCCACGAAUCAGAAAAACGUUACACGUGUGAAACUUGCUCGAAGCAAUUUCGAUCGUCCUCUACCUUGAAGGUUCAUCAGCGAACUCAUACCAACGAACGACCGUACGUCUGUAAGGUGUGUGGCAAGGCAUUCCGAACAUACAGCCACAUGAAGGCUCACAGUUUCGUGCACAACCGGGACAAUCGUCCGGUAAAGUGCGAUCACUGUCCUUACCGGACUAGCACCAAAUCGUCGCUAUCCAUUCACAUGAAAAGCCACGUGGCCUCUAGGCCGUAUGUUUGCACGUACUGCCAGGUCGGCUUCCGAACCUCAAGCAAUAUGCACAAGCACGUUAGGAACAUGCACGAAAAGCAGCGGCCUUUCAAGUGCGAACAAUGCGACAAGACGUUCAACACUAAGGAAACGGUGCAGAAGCACAUGGUGACGCACACGCGAACGAAGCCGUACUCCUGUCCAAAGUGUAGCUUCGCGUACGGUUGGUACAAUGGGUUGCAGAAGCAUAUGAAGGCGAUGCACCCGGGCGUGCCGAUUCCGACAGAGAAAUCAAUGAUAGUAGCGAUGACGAUUAAGGAAGGUGAAUAAAUGGAGAGCUAU